GAGACCAAAUGGGUUCGUUAACCUAUUACUCAGUUUCACCUUCAAAAUGUAUACAGCAUCUGAAGAAAACACAGUACCAAUUCCUGUUUCAGGAUUUCCAAACCCAAGUUCUGUACAAUCGUAUCCUCCUCAGCCUUAUUAUCCCUCGUACGACUCCACCAGUUUGCCUCGUCCAGGUGCGCCUGGAAAGUGGUCUACAGGUUUAUGCCAUUGCUGUGAUGAUCCUGCAAAUUGUAUGAUCACUUGCUUUUGUCCUUGCAUCACUUUUGGACAGAUAGCUGAGAUAUUGAACGAAGGAUCCACAUCCUGUGCUUCGAGAGGGGCAGUGUAUGGAUUAUUAUUGGCAUUCACAGGAUUUGCGUGCUUGUACUCGUGUUUUUAUCGGUCAAAAUUGAGGGGCCAAUAUGACUUGGAGGAAGCACCUUGUGUGGAUUGCUUGGUACACUGCUGCUGCGAGACUUGUGCACUAUGUCAAGAAUACAGGGAGCUGAAAAGCCGUGGAUUUGAUAUGGGGAUAGGUUGGGAGGCCAAUAUGCAAAGGCAAAAGCGUGGUGCUACAAUGGCUACGGCCCCAAUGAUGGCACGAGGGAUGACAAGAUGACUUGCUGCCAUUUAAAGUGUUUUUUUUUUUUUCCUGUUGUGUAAAGUUCGUUUGAUCGGUUGCAUAUAUUUUGAUUGUUUAUUUGGAUUCUCCAAUGUAUUAAAGCAUAUUAUUACAAAGUUCGAGAUUGUUUAUUUGAGCUGAAUUUUGAACCUUAAA